UGGCACCCCGCUGCAGCUGGGAGCAGGCGGGUUGCGCUCUUGUCAUACCCCAGUGUCAGGGACUCUCUGGCUAACCGACCUCUCGCGCGGUUGCCUGAAGCGUGAAACAAAACACAAACGCUAAGACGAACGGAUUGCUUCCGCUCUUUAAGGAAGACGUAUUUGAGCGGAUUAGCUCCACGAACGGGACAGGACCGAACAGAAUUUGAUGGCGGACGCAGGUGAAGCGAGAUCAAGAGCAGUGCCGAGGCUCCACAGUACCGGUGAAGACAGUGACUUCAACGUGACGACAACGAGCUAAAACAGGAUGUUUAUUCAACAGAAAAGGCGUAAUACAAUGGAAAAUACAGCAGUAGGGACGCACAAGUCACACAGGGAGUGACGCAGGGAGUGACGCAGGGAGUGACGCAGGGGAGGAUGCUUCGUAAGGUCGCUUAAGCAGCAGCAGCAGUAGCAACAUGCAUCCUUGGCCCUUCGGUCUGGCCUUCCUGUGCUUGCAACUGGUUCAUGGCGACCCCGAACCGGCACGAGAUGACUGUCACGUCUACCAGCUACGGAGGAACGAGACACGACACAGGACGCCCUCCGUGGCCUUCCGUGGCCGCGUGGAAGUGUCCGUGAUGCCGGAGGCGGGGGCUGUGACCCCCAGGCAAUUAAUUAUUCAACUGGAGCUCGCCGGCAAUAGCUCUGAGACCGCAAAUGUGUUUAUCAAUAACGAUAGCGUGGCGUUGUUGCGGAUCAACGAGACUCAGGUGGGUGGUAAUCUGUCCCUGGCGGCCACUAACCCACAUAACAACACGUGGUUCACCCUCGUCCUGGCUCUCCACCAGCACCAGCUGCUCGUCUACAGACCUGAGAACCGCCAACGAAUACUGACAGCUGAGUUAUCAGUCAGCAUCACUACGGUCUUUGUCUCAUCCAACGAGGCGCUCCAAGUUGUCUUCAAUUGCGCGUCAGGUUGCCUCAUAAACACAAGGUCCACUUCUCCGGGUGCGGAGCUGAAGAUAGAGAGGUCCUCUGUGAUGUACGUCAACCCCCAGGAUGCCGAAGGAGGAGGUGGUCAGCAGCCGACUAUGUUCCUAAUACCCGUCAACUCGAGGGAGAGCGACCCCCUGAAGGUGGACCUCAGCAACGCAACGACGGGCCAGUGGUCUAAACUGCUGCUGCUACUAGGGGAAGACCAGAACAGUGAUCGUGGCUCAGGCAGCGCGGAGGAUAACGUAACAGUGGCGCCAGUUCGUGUGAAGAACGUGUCGUACAGAGUCAACGUCACUUCCGUGUUCUGGACGUUUCAGUGCUACCCAGACAGUGGGAGAGGCCAGGAUUGCGUGACGCCGACCGACUCAUCCAGCAGCCCAAGCAUCGCCGCUACCACAGAGCAGAGCACCAGUGAUGCCACAAGUGCCGGGAUGGGCCAGGUGCUGGCCUGGGUGCUCACGGGCUUGGCCCUCUUCCUGGUGAUGAUUCUGGCCCUGGCACUGUGCUCCAGGAUGACUCCCAACGCGGCCAGUCAUACGGACUUUCAGCCGUCAGUCGGGGACCUUAGUCACCGCUAUGGCGUUAGCUUCGAGAGUCGUCGAGAAGCUGAAGAGGAUAGUGAGCCGGGGUCCCCAAUAAUGACAGUACCUCACCGCCUCCACCCAGACGACCACUACUCCACCAAGGUGCUCUGAACUCCUCCACAACUCCUCCAGAAGAAACUACUCAACUCCAACACUGAGGCCCUCAACUCCUUCCUUCUCCUCCAAGUCAAUGCAAAGGAACCAAAGAGGCACUAAGAUAAACCACUACGAAAUGAUUCAGAACCUAUUUAUUAUCAGUAAUGAUUGCCAAGUCAUGUCUCAAUGUUCCCAUAUAUUGAAUCUGUUUAAGUGACAGCUUUUUCAACGCUGAAGUAAUUAUCAAUAGAAGGCACCAAACCGGGAAGGCUAGGAAGCAAUAUUUUUACGCUGAAACAAAUGAGCCAUAUAUAAAAACUACAAUAUUUAGGUGCGCAUGGAAAUACAGUAUUGAGAGAAAACGAAAUGAGGAUUAGUCACACGUGGCCCGGCCAUUUGAAUCCGAGGAAAUCGCGAUUGUAGCAGUGUAAGGGUUAAAGACAAAAGUGACUGCAAAUGUGCAAGAGUGUGGCGUUGGUGUGGAAAUACAUGUAUCGGGCCUCCAUAUGUGUGUUCAUUGAUAUAUGUAAUGUCUAUAUGGAUUAGUUUUUAGAGUAAAAGAACAAAAAUAUUAGAUUGCAUUGGGCAGAUCUGAAAGAAUUUAUAUUCUUUCAGAUCUUUCAGAAUUUAUAUAUAUAUAUAUAUA